AUGGCGUUGGAACGUGUUUGCGAAAAACGGCUUCAAGCAAAGACAUUUUGUAGCCAAGAGUUUCAGCUAACGAUCAAUUGGGAUGAUUUAGUUUGCCCCAUUUGUUUGGAUUUUCCUCACAAUGGUGUGCUUCUCCAGUGUUCAUCUUACGAAAAUGGAUGCCGUGCGUUUGUCUGCAAUACAGAUCACCUUCACUCCAAUUGUUUGGAUCGCUUCAUUAGCGCUUGUGGUACAGAAUCACCUCCUGCUCCUGAUGAACCUCGGUCAAAGGUUUUAGAAGAGAAUUGCAAACCUGUGUGUCCACUGUGUAGAGGAGAAGUUACUGGGUGGCUUGUUGUAGAAGAAGCUCGUGUCCGUCUUGAUGAGAAAAAACGUUGCUGCGAGGAAGAAAGAUGCAGGUUUAUGGGUACUUACAUGGAGCUUCGCAAACACGCUCAGUCAGAGCAUCCAGAUUCUCGUCCCUCCAAAAUUGAUCCAGCACGGAAGCUUGACUGGGAAAAUUUCCAGCAGUCGUCUGAAAUUAUCGAUGUGUUGAGCACAAUUCACUCGGAAGUUCCAAGAGGAGUGGUUUUAGGGGACUAUGUGAUCGAAUAUGGAGAUGAUGACACUGGAGAUGAGUUUGAGGAUGUUCCUAGCAACGAAGGAAACUGGUGGACCUCUUGUAUCCUGUAUCAAAUGUUUGACAAUAUAAGGAAUGCUAGGAAUCGAAGAAGAUCAAGAAUGAGCGAGAGCAGGAGAGGGAGUCGCCGCUCUAGCUAUGAUAACUCCAAUUCUGAUGACAGCUCAGUAGCAUCCAUAGAGUUCCCAGAGUAUAGAGUAGAUGAGAUUGAUGAUGAGUUCAUCAACACAAAUGGAACUAACAGAAGUAGCUCUAUGCAUCAAAGGUCAGAAUCAUCGUCUAUUGCUUUAGUUUCUCUUUGA